CGCUGGCCGGGCAGCGGAGCGGAGCAGCCCCGGUCGUGCGCGGUGCCCCGAGGCUGCGGCGUCCGGCGGGGCCAUGGCGGUGGUGGGCUCGGCGGCUCUGCGGAGGGGCAGCGGCGUGGCCCCCUGGCUCCUCUCCGUGGCCGUGUCCUGCCAGAGCUGUCGGCACAAAGCCACCGGGGACGGCGGGCACGGGCAGCCCCGGGAGCAGCACCCGGCGGCCCCCGGCAGAGUCGGCGGCCAGCCCGUCCCGGCUGAGGGCGCCGACACCAAGACCUACCUGUGGGCCAGGUACCACGAGAUGAAAAAGCUGGUCUACGAUCUCCUUCCACCAGGAGUCUGCAAUCUCCUCAACCCCGCUGCCAUCUAUGCUAACAAUGAGAUCAGCCUGGGAGAUGUGGAGAUCUAUGGCUUUGACUACGAUUACACCUUAGCACAGUAUUCUAAUUUACUACACUCCAUGAUUUUCAACACUGCCAGAGACAUCCUAAUAGAACAAUUUAAGUAUCCAGAAGGGCUUGGGAAGUAUGACUACAUUCCAGGGUUUGCCAUACGUGGACUUCACUAUGAUGUACAAAAGAGUCUUCUCAUGAAGAUCGAUGCUUUCCAUUAUGUCCAGCUGGGGACUGCAUAUAGAGGGCUCAAACCGGUGCCUGAUGAAGAGGUGAUUGAACUCUAUGGUGGCACACAGCACAUCCCCCUGUACCAGAUGAGUGACUUCUAUGGCAAGGGUCCAUCUCUUAAGCAGUUUAUGGACAUUUUUUCCCUUCCUGAAAUGACACUGCUCUCUUCAGUCAUCGAUUACUUCAUCACUCAUGGCAUUGAGUUUGACCAGGUGCAUCUCUACAAGGACAUAUCUGAUGCAAUUAGAGAUGUUCAUGUGAAAGGAGUGAUGUACAAAUGGAUUGAAAAAGAUAUGGAACAGUAUAUUCUACAUGGGGAUGAAAUCUAUGCUGUGCUAAACCGCCUGGUGAACCACAAGAAGAAACUGUUCCUCAUCACAAACAGUCCCUUUAGCUUUGUGGACAAAGGAAUGAAACACAUGGUUGGCAAGAACUGGCGGGACUUAUUCGACAUGGUCAUUGUGCAAGCAGACAAGCCCAACUUCUUCACUGACCGGCGGAAACCUUUUCGAAAACUGGAUGAUAAAGGCUCACUUCAGUGGGACAAAAUAAACCAGCUGGAGAAGGGAAAGAUCUACAAAGAGGGCAACCUCUUUGAUUUCCUGAGGCUGACGGGCUGGCGUGGAUCCAAAGUGCUCUACUUUGGUGACCAUCUGUACAGUGACCUUGCGGACCUCAUGCUGCGUCAUGGCUGGAGGACUGGAGCCAUCGUUCCUGAACUGGAGACAGAGAUCCGGAUCAUAAACACGGAGCAGUACAUGCACUCCCUGACCUGGCAGCAGGCUCUGACAGGGCUGCUGGAGAGAAUGCAGAUGUAUCAGGAUGCAGAGUCAAAGCAAGUAUUGCUGGAGUGGAUGAAGGAACGGCAGGAGAUCAGGUCUCUGACAAAGAACCUGUUCAACCCCCAGUUUGGAAGCAUCUUCCGCACCUUCCACAACCCCACGUACUUCUCCCGCCGGCUGGUGCGGUUCUCUGAUAUCUACAUGGCUUCCAUCAGCUGCCUGCUCAACUACGACGUGAAUUUCACUUUCUACCCCCGGCGCACCCCUCUGCAGCACGAGGCUCCGCUCUGGAUGGAUCAGCUCUGCACAGGCUGCAUGAAAACCCCCUUCCUGGAGGAGAUGGUGCACAUCCGGUGAAGGGCAGGUACUGCAGGCAGCAGCAGCACAGCCGGGGCUGGAGUGGGGCCGGGCUGCACAGCCGGCAGCACCUCUGUCUACCACUAAAGGGCGUUCGACACUUGCGUAUGUGU